UUUCAUUGUGUGUAGUCUCAGUUUAUAUUUUACACGCGUUUCUAUACACACAGUUUAUAUUUUACACUUGGGGAAGUGACAUUAUUAUAAGUAAUUUUUAAGAAAUUUUAUUAUUUCAAGAACUUUGCCGGCCACAAAGUUCGUACAAGAUUAUACCAACAGUAGCAACAUAAAAGCAAUAGAGAUUUACAUAUAACAACAAUCAAUAUGAAGCAAAAUAGAAUCGCGUCAUAUCAGCGUAACUUGAAAAUGCAGACCUACGACCAGCUGGAAUCCGACAUGGAGAACGCUCAGAAGACGGUCGAGCGCAAACUGAACUAUUUGUCUGAAUCGACAGUCAACAUGCUAGCAAUCCGAAGACGCGGCCAACGGUCCAGCGACGGAAGCAGCGGCGGACUGCACAGGCGCGGCAAGCAAGGCAACAAAAGAUCUUCACAAUCCAAAUUAAAAGACGACACGUCUACCAUCUCACGCCAAAAAACAGGAGCCGUACAAACUUUCAUACAGACGCCACGUCGCAAUGGUCUCUCCCCUCGCGAUGAGCUCGAAGAAGAGGAGGAGAAUGAUGCGCUAAAAUUGGCGCGCUCGAUGCGCGGUAUUCUACAGGAGGAAUACGAACGUCAGUUGGGCAACGAAUCCCAUCGACGCAGCCAGAUGAGCAUCAAGCAUAUGCAUAAGCCCACCUAUAGCUGUAGCUCGUGCGGCGCCAUUUUUCACAUUAAGUCGCUGCUUGGGGCGCAUCGUCGCACCCACGAUGAUGACUUUAAGGUGCGAUUCCGGGGACGUCGCCUGAGGGAGAGCACCACAGCACUGACGGCCAUUCCACCUGGCAAACAGUGCAAGUUCUGUGAUCGCAUCUUCGAUCUGGAACGGGCAUUGCGAAUCCAUCAGCUCUGCCACUGCAACAAGAUAACGCCACAGCAGCGCCGCAAGCUGGGCUAUACGGAUCUCGCUCACGAGAAGAAGAACGCGCCGUUGCCGAACUUUCAGCGGAUGAGCAAGCAGUGCUUGCCGUUGCACACCGUGCCCGAUCCCAAUAUGCCGUAUGUGGCCCUUGGCCCUGCUGCAUUAAAGAUGAUCGAACAGGAGCAGCAAAUGAAGGCUAAGAGGCGCUCCACCAAAUACACUGUCAAGGUGGCUGGUCCAAUGGGACGUUGGCGUUGAAACGGCCUGAAGAGGGAAUCCAACCAAACCCAAAAAAACAAUCAUAGCAACAACAACAGCAACAACAUUAAGAAGAACGAGAACAACAACAACAACAACGAUCAGAAUUAAACCAAACACAACAACACAAAAUGACACAAAACGAAACAAACUGGAACACAAUAGAUAACACAAUGGACAAGAGGAGGAACACGAACACACAUUCGCUUUGCAAUUGGAGUGCCCAAAAAAAAAAAAAAGUUGGCGUUAAAGUGAACAGUUCGCCUUGCAUAUAGGAAUCAAUAUUUUGCAUCUGCAUCUGCUACAAAUUAAAGGCAAAUUUUAGUGUGAAA